GAGCGGACGAGCGAGGCCUACCUGUGCCCACGCGCCCUGAAAUGGCUCGGAGGCAGGACGAGCGGAGAGGGGGCGCGCCCUUGAUGGCGGAAGGCACGUCGGACAUGGCGGUUAAGCUUAUUCUGUACCACUGGACGCAUUCCUUCAGCUCUCAAAAGGUGCGCUUGGUAAUUGCUGAAAAGGCAUUGAAGUGCGAGGAACAUGAUGUAAGUCUGCCCCUGAGUGAGCACAAUGAGCCUUGGUUUAUGCGUUUGAACUCAACUGGAGAAGUGCCUGUCCUUAUCCACGGGGAAAACAUUAUUUGUGAGGCCACUCAGAUCGUUGAUUAUCUUGAACAGACUUUCCUGGAUGAAAAAACACCCAGGUUAAUGCCUGAUAAAGAGAGCAUGUAUUACCCACGGGUACAACAUUACCGAGAGCUACUUGACUCCUUGCCAAUGGAUGCCUAUACCCAUGGCUGCAUUUUGCACCCUGAACUGACCGUGGACUCUAUGAUCCCAGCUUAUGCAACAACAAGGAUUCGCAGUCAAAUAGGUAACACAGAAUCUGAACUGAAGAAACUAGCUGAAGAAAAUCCGGAUUUACAGGAGGCAUACAUUGCAAAGCAAAAGCGCCUUAAAUCAAGGCUACUUGACCAUGACAAUGUUAAAUAUUUGAAGAAAAUUCUUGACGAAUUAGAGAAAGUUCUGGAUCAGGUUGAAACUGAAUUGCAAAGAAGAAAUGAAGAAACACCAGAAGAGGGCCGCCAGCCUUGGCUCUGUGGCGAAUCCUUCACCCUGGCAGAUGUCUCACUCGCUGUCACAUUGCAUCGACUGAAGUUCCUGGGGUUUGCGAGGAGAAACUGGGGAACCGGAAAGCGGCCAAACCUGGAAACCUAUUACGAGCGUGUCUUGAAGAGAAAAACGUUUAACAAGGUUUUAGGACAUGUCAACAAUAUAUUAAUCUCCGCGGUGCUGCCAACAGCAUUCCGGGUAGCCAAGAAAAGGGCCCCAAAAGUUCUUGGCACCACCUUUGUGGUUGGUUUGCUUGCAGGAAUGGGAUACUUUGCUUUUAUGCUUUUCAGAAAGAGACUUGGCCACAUGAUAUUAGCCCUUAGACCAAGACCAAAUUAUUUCUAGGCUUAUAGGGAUCGGGUGGUGGCAAUUCAUCCAACCAUUCAGCUAGACACUUGUCCGCUCUUCCAGGCCCACUGAAGAAUUAUCCUGGGCACGUAGCACAAGGCAUACUUUACUUUACUCUUUGGGUAGUUGACGUGAGAAGAGCAGACUAUGAAAAUCGUUUUGUGGGCUGGCAACUUGGAGAUUACAUGUUUGCACAUCGAAACGAACCCAUUCUUAAAAAAAACGUGCAAGGUCAAGAUAGUUCAAUGCUGGCAUGUAGAGAAUAAACCUGUGACUUGAAAUGCCAGUUCCAGUUCUGAAUUGUCGAAGGGGAGCUUUUAUGAUGAGCAGAGGGUAUUCACCACUUGUGUUUGCCCCUAUCUCUUCAUCCAAGACAGUCUGGAAGUGUUGAAUGUUGAGUGGUAUUCUACCCCGGGAUUCAGAGGACCUCUUGGUUGCAUGGUGUAGGUAUUCAGACAGUAACAGGCCAGAGCUAAUUUUAAGAUAGAACUAGGGUGAAGGGAAAAAGGGGAAAUGAAGUCUGUAUUGUGCAGAGCCGUGAAUCAGAAGUGGCAGUACCUCGAUAGUAACUCAGAGUUGCCUGUCUCUCGGUAUCCCUUCUCUUUGUGGGUGUUACCCACACACGCUCUUAUAGCGAGACCCCUCAGAAGGAGCAGGCUAGGGAGUUACUGGAGGUCAUGGACUGGAAUGAAGCUUACGCUUUCCAAUUGCCCACAACAUUCAUUUUACAUGUAUAUGAACCAUACUCAAUCGAACAAGAUUAGCUGCUUUUAUAUACUUGUUUGUGAGACGCCUGCAGGAAUAUGCUUGCCUAGCAUUUAUGUUAAAGUCUAAAGCAAUUAUAAUAAAGUGAUUCCUUACUUUUC